CUGCUCGGCGUCGCCAGUGGCCCCCAUGGCGUCUCUGACUCUUACAACUUCAGUCCGACUCUACCACCGGCCGGAAAGUGGCUGUGUGACGUCACUGGAGCGCGCGUCGGCCGCGAGCCCGGAAGCACGAAGAAGCGAGCUGCGCAGUUACCAUGGGAACCAAACCGCCGCGGCGAGCUGCGCAGUUACCAUGGGAACCAAACCGCCGCGUCUCGCCAAAGACCCCGACGCUUCGAUCAUCAUCAACAUGAGCUGCCUCGUCCUCCUGAAUGCACUUCUGGCUCUUGGGUCCCUGACGUCCUGGGUGACUGCAGGAGAGCACGAGUUUGGUGUUGAAUGUCCUCCUGACCCUCUGCCGUGUGAGGAGCUGUGUGAUGGGGACACAUCCUGUCCUCUGGAUCACAAAUGCUGCAGCACCGGCUGUGGCCACGUCUGCCGUGGAGACAUUACUGGAGGGCGGAGCGGUGAGUGUCCACACAUUUUGGUGGGCCUGUGCAUCAUCAGCUGCAUAUCGGAUGAGGACUGUGGAGCCGGGGGCAAGUGCUGUAAGUCAGGCUGUGGCCGCUUCUGUGUCCCGCCUGCUCUGCCAUCCCAACUGGUCAUGAACCCCAACUGUACCAUUGGGUCUGAUUCUGAAUUAGAGACCCCAGUGCCCCAGCUGUCCUGAUUUGUCCAGGGCUUCUUUGGUGACUCCAAGUGGCUAGUCGGGGCAGCCAGGAGAGGAUGGUGUCCUGGGGCUCGUGACGCCCCCAGGGGCUCUCAUGGCCCUCUCUGCUCUGCCUCUGUUCCUGCUGCCGCCCCGAGCAUAGGAAACAGCCCUGGGGUUGGGCAGUGGGUGUGUGUGGUGCGCCUUGUCCCCAAUAAAGGCUGGUGCUGA